CUGCUGUCUUCUCCGCGUGUUGUCAGGGCGGCUGGGGAAGCUGCUGGCGACCCGUGUCUCCCCUGCGACUCCGCCCGGAGGAAGUGGGCGUCCAGGCGCCCAGGAUCCCGGCUAGGAUCUCUUUCGGCUCGGGAAGGGCGCGGCAUUCCCAUUACUCAAUCCUCGUCGCCUCCAGUCCCCUCCCCUCAGAGGAUAAACAAACACCAGCGCGUGACCUCAAUGACUUAAAAGCAGCCUGACCAACUUAGAAAAGUUGUUUUUUUUUUCCUACUCCGAGCGUCGACGCUCUUUCUUCCCCCAAAUCUUUCACCGGCAGAUUGGGUGGAAGGCGUUUUUGAAAAUAAAACCUCAUUUAGAUGCUGUAUACUUUUGGGAGACUUGUUAACAUCGCCCUUUGAGGCUUCAUAUCUUUUGAGAAUCAUUUAAUUGCUAGAGUAACCCUACAAAACACAGUAUGCAUUCGACUUUUACAGUUUUAAACUCCUAAGGGGCAUAAAGGUUCAACAGAUUUCCUUCCAUCUUGUCCACAGUUCUCCUACGGGCAGACGCACCGCGGGCUGAGAACACUUCUGGCCCUGGGACCUCUUCUUACUCCGCCUGGUGAGCGCCGCACGGAUUGUCGGGCGCCGGGAGGCCCAGUCGCUCGCGGAACAGGAAGAGGCGUCCUGCGGCUGCCGGCAACAGGGGAGGAGACUGCGCGGACCGGGGCGGUGGCCCUCUCGGGAGAGGCGGGCAGGUGGGCCAACGGGGGAGGACGGCUCUGUCCGCCACUUACUGUUCCUUUCCUCCCCCUUCCACCUUCACAGGGUGGCGGCUGACGGCAAGAUGGAUCUGGCUGGGCUCCUUCUGGACGAAGAAGGCACGUUUUCCCUUACCGGUUUCCAGGACUUCACGUUCCUUCCAGGACACCAGAAACUGAGUGCUCGAAUCCGAAGGAGGCUCUAUUAUGGCUGGGACUGGGAUACAGACUGCAGCCUGGAGGAACUCUCCAGCCCCGUGGCAGACAUUACUGUGGAACUUCUUCAGAAGGCAGCACCCAGUCCUAUUCGUCGACUCCAGAAGAAAUAUGUAGCUCAUGUGUCCCGGGAGGCUUGUAUCUCCCCCUGUGCGAUGAUGUUAGCUCUUGUGUACAUUGAGCGGCUCCGGCACCGAAACCCCGACUACCUGCAGCACGUGUCGUCUUCUGACUUGUUUCUGAUCUCCAUGAUGGUGGCCAGUAAAUACCUUUAUGAUGAAGGGGAGGAAGAGGAGGUCUUCAAUGAUGAAUGGGGAGCUGCUGGGGGAGUGGCUGUGCCUGCUCUCAAUGCCUUGGAAAGGGGCUUCCUGAGUGCCAUGGAUUGGCGUCUCUAUACUGAUCCUCGGGAGAUCUUUGAGGUGCUGAAUUGGCUGGAGAGCUGUGUGGCUGAGCAGCAAGGACGUCGGCGGGGCUGGUACACCUACACAGACCUGUGUGUGCUGCUGGAACAGCCAGCGUGGCAGCUGUCUCUGGGCUCCCUCUGCCAGCGACUGGUAAAGCUGUCCUGCCUGUUAGCCGUGGCAUAUGUGAGCAGUGUGGCCCUAGCUGUGGCAUCAGUGGCUGUAAUACAUCAGUCCUUGGGGCUGUCCUGCAGCCCCUCACCAGGUCCUCCUGACUUCAGACUGGUUUCUAAAGGCCUCUUGCAGCCUUGCAUACCUUCCCCUGUGCCACAGUGCCUGACUAAUGUCUCCAGCUGCCCAGAAGGCAAUGUAGAGUUGCUGCCCCUGUGGGGCAGUCUUCUGGCCUCACUGACACCCCUUCCAGUAUCUCCCCCAGACCCUCCUGUCCCGCCUACUCCUCUCCACAAAUGCCCCCUUUGCCAGAAGUUCCAGAGAAACACCCAAAACUGCCAUGCCUGCCACCAGCCUAACCAUACGGUGUCUAUUGGUCCUUCACGGCCCUUUUACCACACCCAUGGCCUGGCCCCACCCUGGCUCUGGAGCCCAGCAGCCCCUCCAUUCCUCCAACCCCAGCAAUGUUCUCUAUUUAGUGUCAUGGAGCUGGCCCGGCUCAAGUCUUUUAUUUUCCCAGGCUAGGUAGAGUUCUAAGGAGUGCAUUAAAAGAGGGUCUGGGACUCCCUAAGAACCUGGAAGAGGAAAACUUGAUUUAGAUUUUUGCUACCUCUCUGGGUCUUUGGCUGGUCCCCUGUCCUCCUGGGUAGGAGCACAAGAGAUUAUGGGGCAAAGCAAGGUCAUUCAUCCUCCCAGACCUCAGAGGCCGGCUAGUAGGCUAGAACUCUGAUCGUGCCUGGGACAGUUUCAGCUCAGUGACCAGGGGCAUGUCACCAAUGACAUAAAAGCUCCUAUCUUUCUGCCUUCCCAAGCCUGGGGGAGUAGACUUGCUUUUGAGUUUCCAAAGAUGGAAAGGUAAAGGUGGGAGGUGUGGGAAGUGGAUGAGAGGAAGGAAGCGUUCAUGUGGUUCUGCUCGUGUGAUGUCCCUGGGGCAGGAAAACCAGGGGCGGAUGGCCCUGAGAUGGAAGCUGCUGAGGGAAGGCGUCCUGAGGCAGGAAGCUUGCCACACUUGUCCCUUGGAUGUAGUUGUCACAACCAGGGAUUUCUGGGUCCUUCAACCUUAUCCUUUUGUCUUCCAGUCUUAGCAUCCUGCUCCAAGACUCCCCACUUGACCGGUUCUUUUCUAGGUGUUCUCUUUACAGGCUCUCUGGGCACCACUGCUUUGUAUGAGUUUUUCACGCUUUUGUAGAACUGAGGUUUCAAUAAACAGUUUCUGUUGCAUGGC